GCCCCCAGCACACAUCCCAAUCCAACCAGUCAUCCCCUCCGAUGGCGUCGCUGCUGCGCCUCCCUUCGCGGCUGCUCGCGCCGGCGGCGGCCAGGCCGGCGGCCCUGCUCCGCCACCGUGGCCGCUGCCUCCACGCGGCGCCAGCCGCAAGGUUCUGCGCCGCCGCGACGACCACGGGCGCCUCCGCGGCGGCGCCCGCUCGGACGGAGACCCGCGGGGGCGACAGGGAGGGGCAGGUCACGCCGCGGUCCACGGACUUCAACGCCUGGUACACGGACGUCAUCGCCGCCGCCGAGCUCGCCGACUACGGCCCAGUGCGGGGCACCAUGGUCAUCCGCCCCUACGGCUACGCCAUCUGGGAGGCCAUCCAGGAUUAUUUGAAUGUGAAGUUCAAGGAGACAGGGCACAGCAACAUGUACUUCCCUCAGUUCAUACCGUACUCAUUUAUAGAGAAGGAGGCCAGUCAUGUUGAAGGGUUUAGUCCAGAGCUUGCAGUAGUUACCAUCGGAGGAGGAAAGGAACUGGAAGAAAAGCUUGUGGUAAGACCAACAAGUGAAACCAUCGUAAAUCAUAUGUUCACUAAAUGGAUUCAGAGCUAUCGUGAUCUUCCUCUCAUGAUUAAUCAGUGGGCUAAUGUUACAAGAUGGGAAAUGAGGACUAAGCCAUUCAUCAGAACUCUUGAAUUCUUAUGGCAAGAAGGUCAUACAGCCCAUGCCACCCUUGAAGAGGCUGAGAAGGAGGCCAUGCAGAUGAUCAAUGUAUACACUAAAUUUUCAUAUGAGCAUGCUGCUAUCCCAGUUAUUCCGGGCAGGAAAUCAAAACGGGAGACAUUUGCUGGUGCUGAUCGGACCUACACUAUAGAAGCUAUGAUGGGUGACAAGAAGGCCUUACAAGCUGGAACUAGUCACAACCUUGGGCAGAACUUCUCCCGGGCCUUUGAAACACAGUUUAUGGACGAAAGUGGUCAACUUGAACACGUUUGGCAGACUUCUUGGGCUAUCAGCACUCGGUUCGUUGGUGGGAUUAUCAUGACCCACGGUGAUGACGCUGGUCUAAUGCUUCCACCAAGGAUUGCACCCAUUCAGGUGGUAAUAGUGCCUAUUUGGAAAAAGGGUGAGGAGAAAGGUGUGGUUAUGGAAGCUGUAGCUUCAGUUGAAAACACUCUCAAGGAAGCAGGCAUUAGAGUCAAAGUGGAUGCCUCGGAGCUGCGAACCCCCGGGUGGAAGUUUAACUUCUAUGAGAUGAAAGGUGUGCCUAUGAGAAUUGAACUAGGUCCCCGUGAUGUAAAAAACAGGAGUGUCGUGAUUUCUAGGCGAGAUGUCCCUGGAAAGCAAGGAAAGGAGUUUGGAGUAUCUAUGGAACCAUCAACAUUGGUGGACCAUAUAAAAGGCCGUCUAGAGGAAAUUCAGGCAUCCCUUCUACAGAAGGCCAUCGAAUUUCGUGAUAGUAACAUAGUUGAUGUAAGCUCAUAUGGAGAACUGAAGGAGGCCAUCGCCGAAGGAAAAUGGGCAAGAGGUCCAUGGUCAGCUAGCGACGCUGAUGAGCUUAAGGUGAAAGAAGAGACUAGUGCUACCAUCAGGUGCUUCCCGUUCGAGCAGCCAGAGGGUGAGAAGAAAUGCUUCAUGACUGGCAAUCCAGCUGAUGAAGUUGCCAUUUUUGCCAAGUCAUAUUAGGUGAUCUCUGUGCUACCAGAUAAAAACAGUUAGUUUGCAGAUUUUGUUUUGUUAUUUCCACAUUUUCUCUGCGGCAUUUACUGGUCAACCAAAUGCUCACACUGCUGAUAUUUUACGUGUAAAUUCGUGACCAGCUAGAUUAUAUUUUGUGUGAUGAUUGUAGUCCCAUCUUAACAGAACACAAGAGUGCCACUGCAUAACCUAAGUUACUUGCCAAGUUUGUAUUGGUAAA